AUGACCGUGGCAAGAGGUCCUUCGCACAUGUAUUUUGCAGGAAGCAAGUCCCCGCCGGGAUUAUUAGGCCUUCCAGAGAACCAGAGUACUGACUUCAAAUCAUCACAUCCUCAUGACCGCUCAGAAGAUACUCGAUCUUGCGCUAAAGACAGGCUGCUAAAGGGACCACAAGCUUGGGGAAGUGACCAACAGCUCGCAGGCGAUCGAAGGGCCCCCAGCUUGGCCAAAAUUUUAGCUUCAAGCCCCUGCGCAUGUUCAAGCGUUGACGGCGAGCGAAGGCCAUCCAAGCCUAUAGCAUGCACGCACAGCGUCUCUCCCAGCACUGAACAGCUACCUCACCUUCCCAGUUCUUCAGAUGGAACCGUCUCAAGACAUGCGCUAGAUUUCCGAGUCCGCAACUAUCAAGUGGCCGGAAGCCAAUGCACCAAACUGCCCGUCAGUUUUAGGAAGCAUUCCUUAGAUUCAUUGAUGACUGCAGUUCAUGCCGCUGAAACUGUCGAUGGUUGCCAAGAUCUCUCCAUUCAAAAGGCAGACCACGAAUAUCAGGUAAGGUUAGGGAACAUCAUUCAGCUUAAGAACGGCAUUUCUGAGACGCUCAGAAAUUGGCCACUAGCCAAGCCUAGUGCUAGGGAUGGAGUUUCCUACUAUUGCCUUUUAGACUCCCUGUCGCUAACAGAUAUGCACAAGCUGCUCCAAGCAUCCGAGAGGCUUGCAAUUGAGGCAAAAGAACUAUCGCAAUUGAAGCAAAGGAGAGAGUGUGAAGUGAAUGGAUCCGCAGCAAUAGCUGUUAAGGAUCCUACAAGUUACACGCAUCAACCAAGGCGUAUGCCUUUCCUCCCGCCUCCGCAUGAAAUGCUGGCCCAACAUCGUUAUUUCCAAAACACAAUGCCUCCAGGUAAUGCUCAGUCCCAGACCCUACCUUCGUGUUUUAAAGCUCGCAGCGGCCAAUGCUCGAACCAGCAUCAGGCGGUGGUUCGGCAUGACACUAUUGGCAGACCGGUUUCCGUGAACGAACCCUGUUAUGGCGAGAGGGGCGAUCCGAUAUUGCCAUCCUUCGAUAAGGCUGACACAUCCCAAAAGUUACCUGAUAGAGAUAUGACACACCGCCUUUUCAAAAUCCAAAAGCCUAUCAAAUGUAGCAUGACAGCUCCUGAGCUAGUUCAAAGUCCCAUCAAAGACGUGAACGAGAGUGUCAGGCAAAAAACUUCAAUAGGGACGAUGACGUGCGUGCAUUGUUCUAGAAAAGACACGCCGGAAUGGCGUCGAGGACCUUAUGGUAACAGAACAGUGUGCAACGCUUGUGGGCUCUUUUAUGGUAAACUUGUUAAGAAAUUUGGUUACCAUAAUGCCAAUAUAAUGAUGCAUUACCGUCGGACCACGAUGCCAGAAGACCGCAGGGUUCCCUCACAUUUUUUUGUACCUCAAUCAUUUGUUCGAAGGUUGCAAGUAGACCAGUCUUUGAACCGGAACUUUGGGAUAACAGAGGGUUCAUUGGCGUAUGAAACAGGCUCAGGAAGGAUUUAA